AUGACACAAGCUGUACGCCUCUUCUGGAAAGAAAUUGAGGAAGAAACCACUGUUCGAACUGCCUCACUAGGAUACCUCAACAUAUUUGGAAAAGUGGUAAGAUAUCAGAGUGGAACGUCUAUAAGCUUACUCAAUAUGUGUUUACGGUCACCUGCACCUGGAUAUGGAGCACCUGCUAAAUUGACUUUAGCUAAUGUUCCAUUUGAAAUAUCUAUUGGGGAUAAUCAAAAUUGGAACAGUUGGGCCCAAACCAACACACUUCGAGUAUGGAACGAAACCCUGGUGACUCUUCUCUGGUUGGCAAUGAGAGGAGGACUUAUGUUCUUGAAUGCUCAACAUGAAAAUCCAUUGGCAACAUUUUUAAAUAACCUAUCACCUUGA